AUGGCCGAAAAGCAGGACCAGCAACUUAACGUCAUAAUAGUCGGGUCGGGUCUGGCCGGUCUGGCCGCUGCCCGUAUCCUGCGGGAAAAGCACAAUGUUACCGUGUAUGAGCGUGGCGAACCUUCGGUUGCGACGGGAGGCCAGGGCAUCGCCAACUUUCCCAAUGCCAUCAAGAUCAUGCAGCAAAUAGGCUUUGACCCAGAGCGGACUGGUUCGGUGCCUGUCCAAGGUUUUAGGACACUCGACAAGCUCGGUAACCUGGUCUACGACACCGAGUUUCCUUUUCAGGAGAAAUAUGGUGCUCCCGCUUUAUCCCAUAUGAGGGUCGACUUCAGAGCCGAACUGCUGCGUCUCGCUACAGCUCCGUCUAAGGAACUAGGUAUCGGCGGCGAGCCUGCGAAGAUUAUCUUCAACAACGGCGCUAAGGAUAUCAACCCCGAGGCUGGUGAGGUCACUUUGGAUGAUGGAACGACGGCAAAGGCGGAUGUGAUCAUAGCCGCGGACGGCAUCCACUCUCGCUUGAGACCGAAGAUCGCCGGUCCGGACUGCCCUAAGCCCAAGAAGAGCGGACUGACAUGUUGCCGAGUGGCCGUCUCCGCAAACCAGGCCAUCGAAGCGCUCGGUCGCUUGCCCGAUUGGUGGCAGGAACAGAAGACCGGCGACCGUCGCAUCCUAGUCUUUGAGGCUCGCGACGGCACCGACCGUAUCAUGGUCAUAUACGGCCUUCGUCACUUGAGUUACAUGAAUAUGUCCUGUAUCUUCGUGACGAAAGAAGAAAAGGAGAGCACGACCAAUUCCUGGUUUGCCGACGGUAAUCGCCAGGAAAUGCUAGAAAUCUUCCACGACUUCGACCCGAGUUUACUCACGCUUAUUAACGUGGCGACCGAAGUAAAGCUAUGGGAACUCCAAGACAUGGAGCCACUUGACUCGUGGAACAAGGGCCGCGCAAUAGUCAUCGGCGAUGCUGCUCACGCGAUGACGCCUAUGCAAGGCCAAGGUGCCAACUGUGGUAUCGAGGACGCCGAGGCCUUCAGGCUUUUGAUGGAGCCCGGUGUCACACGCGAUGACGUCCCCGCGAUCCUGAAGCGGAUAGACAGCGUAAGACGGCCACGCGCCGCGCGCAUCCUCGCUAACACUCGGAGAACUCAACGAGGCAUCAAGGGAGAUGAGAGAUACAAAGUGAUGGACGACAACUGUACUUACCACGGAAUAUACAAGGCUCUCGAGGCCCAGGAAGGCAAAGAGGGGCAUUGA